AUGUCUUCGCCCAAGAAUUCAAAUUUCAUGAACGUCAUUAAAAUCUCCACUAAAAAUAUAAAUAAAGAAAGUUCUACUGCGGAAAAAGAUAGUGAACAGCAAAUAAACAAAAUAAAAUCAGAGCUACAUCACGAUUUAUUUUGGACGUUCAGAAUACUGAUAAUGUUCUACGAGGUUAUCGGUCUCGCUACGUUUGCCCACCGAAUUGUCAUAUACAAAAAGAGAACGUCAUACACAUUUCAACAUUCCAAAUUAGGAAUCGUUUAUAAUGUGCUGAGUAGCUUAACGAUAGCUUCAAACUAUAUAUCUAUACCAUACAGAAUUAAUCAUGACUACUAUAAGAGGACCAAUUUGACUGUAGGCAUCGAGAUUCUGCAAACUGUACUUGGUUCUCUGAUGAUCAGCACGAUUUUGAUUAGCUACUGCAUCAAUCAGAAGUCCUUGGUGCGAAUCGCCAAUCGAUUAGUCACCAUCGAACACGAGAUAGGACGUUUGUAUAAUCUAUAUCAUCCGCUACGACGACAGCGUAUCUUCUGCACUAUGAUCAUCGUUUGCAUCUUGAAGAUUUGCCUUCUGAUACUUCUCCUGUUCAUUAAGAUUCUGAACGCUUAUACAGGCCCAGUCUCAUUGCUGAUAGAUAUUCUGCCAACAUUUUACAUGGGUUGGCUACUGAUACAGUAUUUUCUGUUGGUGACGAUCAUUCAGACAGAUUUCUCUGAUGUGAAUCGAGCGAUACAAAGCCUCACCAGGAUUAAUGCGCCUGAUCUUCGACUACAGUUUCUCUAUCAAACGCAUCGUAUCAUAAUCGACAAUUCGACUGUUCAUCAACUGUUGCAAUUGCGGAAUGUGCAUUGUCAUCUUUGUGAAAUCUCUGAGGAUGUGUCGAGUUUCUAUUCACUACCAGUACUAUUCGGCAUUGGUUUUCUCUUUCUGUCACUCAUAUAUAAUGGUUACCGUAUUUUCUGGGUUCUGUUGAUUACUGAUGAUGACUUAAACUUAAAUUAUUCUUAUAUUAUUACUCUCAUCGUAUGGAUAAUAUUUCGGAUUUAUCCCAUCUUUCUCCUCACCAACAGAAUUACCAGGAUUUUAAUUGAGGUAGAAUAA